UUGGAUCAUCAUCUGUUCCAACAUUUUACCAUGAACUGCAUUCAUUGUCGAUUAUAUCAUAAAAGCAUCCUCGUAGAAAUGGGAAAAUGGGAGCUGACCAUGGAGCCUGUUCAGGAGUGGGGUGAGGAGCAUGAAGAUGGGGUGGUUUUUGGGAUCACCCUGCGAAGAGAGCCUGUUCAACAGUCGGCCGAGCCCAAGGAGGCUUUCGUACAGUAUCGAACAUGUAAGAUACGCAGGGUAAAAUCGGCCACACUGGAAAAGCUGGUGUCUCACCUAUUGGAUCCCUGCUGUCAAGAGCAAGACUACAGCAGGAUACUGCUGUCCACGUAUCGCACCUUCACGAGCACUAACAAACUCAUCGAAAUGCUCUUCCAAAGGGACAAUCUUGCCUCUGCACUUGACAGCAACAAGUACCAUAAAAGUUCUUUGUGGACUUCGCUUCAGACAUGGUUGGAAGAGUACAGUGAAGAUUUCAGAGAUCCCCCCAUGCAUUCUUCACUACGCCUCAUGUGUUCACAGCUGAGAGGACAUCCCGCUCUCUUCACCCUGGCUAAACACUUUGAAGCUCUCCUUAAGAAAUUCCAGACUGAAGAUAUUGUGGCAAGUAGAUCGGUUGAUAAUACGGAAGCACCAGAUGUGGAUCAGGAGGGGAAGCGCUUUGAGUGGGAUUUCAUGGACUUCUCCAACACAGGUGUUGCAGAACAGCUCACCCGAAUGGACGCUGAACUGUUUAUGAAGGUGGUUCCCUUCCAGUGUCUGGGCUGUGUUUGGUCUCAACGAGACAAAAAGGAGAACCUCUCACCCACUAUUUGGGCCACUAUUUCGCAGUUCAACGCGAUCACCAACCAGGUCAUCACCUCUCUGCUUUGCCCCUCAUCCGACCUAGUCCCGUCCUCCUGCCCCACCUCUAAAACCACGCAAAGAGCCAGAGUGAUUGAAAAAUGGAUACGAGUAGCACAGGGAUGCAGAGAGCUAAAGAACUUCUCCUCUCUUUGGGCUAUUUUGUCAGCCCUUCAAUCCAACCCCAUCUACAGACUAAGGAAGACCUGGGCGGCCGUGAACAGAGAGGCGAUGUCUAUCUUUGAAAACUUGUGUGAAACUUUCCCAGAUGAGAACUGUGUUCUGACCAGCAGAGAAAACUUUGUGGAUCACACAGCUGGUGGGACAGUUCCAUACUUAGGGACAUACCUAACAGUACUGACCAUGCUGGACACUGCCUUACCUGACACUGUGGAGGGUGGCCUCAUUAAUUUUGAAAAGAGGAGAAGGGAGUAUGAGAUUUUAAGGCAAAUUCGUCAGCUGCAGUCUUCAUGCUCUAAGUAUGUUUUACCUCAUCAUCCUCACAUUGCUGUCCGGCUCCACAAUCAGAAACUGCUCUCAGAUCAGGAGAGCUAUGAACUUUCCAGACAGCUGGAAUCUCCUCACGACACAUCUCCAUCAUCCAGCAGUGGCUGGAGUCAUCGUACUCUCACCAAAAAGCUCUCGUCGCUGUUGUCGGGGAACGAGGGUUCCAGGAAGAACGCAGAUCAGAUCAGUGUGUCGUCAUCUGGAUCCAGCAGCUCUGAGAUGGAAGACAUUUCUGCUUCUCAAUCAUUGUCCAUUUUAACACCGUCUGUGACCAGCUGUGGCCAGUACAUGGCCGAGGCUUUUCCCUCCUCAUCUUCUCCCGACUCCACCAUGUCCAGUUCUUCUGGUUCGCAGCAGGAAAUAAGCAUUAAUCCAUCAUCCUCCUCAGCGUCAGUUGACCCUCACCUGGUCUCCACCCAUAAACGCUCGGUCUCUCUGACCUCCCUGCCCUUCUACAACAGACAGGUGGAUGACUCCUGCAUCAUCAGGGUGAGCGUGGAGUUCUGCAACAAUGGCAACAUGUACAAGAGCGUCCUGUUAACCAGUCAGGAUAAAACAGCCCAGGUGAUCCAGAGAGCUCUGCAAAAACAUAACCUGGAGGAUGUCAGUGAGCACAACUUCACCCUUGUACAAGUUCUGGCCCAAGGCAGAGAGUUACAUAUUCCCGAGAAGGCCAACGUCUUUUAUGCCAUGUCCACAUCAGCCAACUAUGACUUUGUUUUACGCCGAUGCCCGAAAGGCCAAAAGAAACAACUCAUCCGCUCUGUUUCACUGUCAUCCGGACGAGCCACAAAAUAACAGCGCCAGCUUCGAUUCUGGAGAAUCUAAUUAUCUACAGAAACAGUUUUUUCACGGGAAAUGUCAAGACGUGUUAUUCACGCACAAAUGGAAAUGUGUGAAAUUGAAAAUGACUCGCCUUGAGAAGCGUUCACAGCCUAAUAAAUAAGGCUCUGGGUUGGUAAAGCAAAGGUCACAGGUUCAAGCCCGUGAACGAUCUUGCUUCAGCUGAAAUGUCGACUGCCUAAUAACCACAUUACAGAGACUGUGGCUUCUUGAAUUUCUUACAUUCAGUGCAGUGGGGUGAAUACUGUCCAAUAUAAUGGAGUGAAACAAUGUUUUGCUAUUCCCUUGAGCUUUCUCUCUCAUAAUGUGUCAAAGCAAGACAAUAUCAGAAAUGUUAACCCAACAACUCUGUAUAGAAACACCAUCAUACACCCAGAGGGAUGAGACUUUUAUAAAGGUAAUAUUUCACACAGUGCCUGUAACUAAUGGUACGCAGAUGCACGAUCAGUUCACAGUGUUCCUUCGUAUUGUAACAUGAUGAAAGUGUGUUACAUGCUGCUCCGACAGGUAAAGUGUCAUUCCAAUGGCACCGUUUCACAUUGCUGAUCCACGGUCACGUGGGAUUUCAUUGAAAUGCAUACUCUCCUUUAUCCAAAUCAUAUUCAGUAUCAUGACUCUCAACAAGCUCUAGGAGAGCAAAAAGAUCAAUUGUUCUCUAAUAUAUUUCAAUGUAGUAAUUUAGUACUCCAGUGUUUAUUUAUAGGUUAUACUGUACAUUUCUCUACAGUAUGAGCAGCAAUGUACAAUAUGACAUGAUAGUUAUGUGAAUAUUCAUAUGAAGCAAAUGCUUCAAGCAUCUAGAGUAUGUUCCCUAGACCAGAGGCUUUAAACCUUUUCAUGCAAAGGACCCCCAAAUAGGAGGUCCCCCUGUGAGGGACCCCCAUCCUAAAAUAUACAAGACAGGUACAGUAUGUACUUUAAUUUAUAUUGACCACACUAUUAUAAAUACAUUUUGCUUGCUAAAUACUUGGCAUUUAUAUUGUCAUUACUAAAGCCUAAAUAAAUGAAUAAAAUAUUUCUCGAAAAUAUUACCUGUGUGCUAAGUUGACCCAGUGUUAUGCCAGAUCCACACUAAUAGGCCUUUUCGUUUGAAAACGCAUCGGUUUCGCUAUGUUCACAGCUUAAACGCCAUUUUCCCCAUCCGAAAUUGGACUGUUAAAAGACAAGGUAACAUGUCUAAUCAGCUAAUUAUUAACGUUUAACAUAAUUGUUUAUUUCAGUUGUUCUUUAGGCCACUUAAAAAUAUAGAUUAGACAAAAUGAGUAUGUACUAAAGUUAGUAGUAUCAGGUUUUAAAAGUAACACGUGAAACGAUUGUUUGAAAUGUGUUCUAACGAAGGAGGCGCGCUUAUUUGUUGAACCCUUGUGCGACCUUCGGGACAUUUUUAUCUCUUUCAUUUUUUCAUAAUGCCAAUGGCAUAACUUUUGCCAAAGGUGUGUAUUUUUGGGGGAAUUUUGAUAUUUCCACCUCAGUUCCUGUAAUACAUAUAUAAUACACGGUGGACACAGAAUAGUUAC